UCGGCCCCGCAGCACCCGCCGCCCGCACCCCGCGCCGGCUCAGCGCAGUGUCCUCGCUCCCGUGCCCGCAGGUGCCUCCUCCUGGACGGCGGCGGCGGCGGCGGCGCGGGGACCCGGCGGGCAGCGGAGCGAUGGGACCCCUUCGAGAGACCAAGAAGGAGCAGAGAGUGCAGCAUCAUGAGAAGGAGAUUUCCAGAAGCCGAAUUCCCCGUUUGAUUCUUCGGCCCCAUCUGCCCCAGCAACAGCACAAAGUGUCCCCAGCCUCUGAGUCUCCCUUCUCUGAGGAAGAGAGCAGAGAGUUCAACCCCAGCAGCUCUGGGCGCUCAGCGAGGACCAUUAGCAGCAACAGCUUCUGCUCAGAUGACACAGGCUGUCCAAGUAGCCAGUCAGUGUCUCCUGUGAAGACACCCUCGGAUACCGGAAACAGCCCUGUUGGCUUUUGCCCUGGAAGUGAUGAAGACUUUUCCAGAAAGAAAUGCACAGUUGGAAUGGUUAGUGAAGGAAGCAUUCAGUCAUCUCGAUAUAAGAAGGAACCAAAAUCAGGCCUUGUAAAGCCAGGUAGCGAAGCUGAUUUUAGCUCCUCGAGCAGCACGGGCAGCAUUUCCGCUCCUGAGGUCCAUAUGUCUGCUGCGGGAAGCAAGCGGUCCUCCUUUUCACGCAACCGAGGUCCCCAUGGGCGGAGUAAUGGAGCUUCAUUGUACAAGUCUGGCAACAGCCCCCCCUCCCCACGGGAGAAGGACUUCCUGUCCAUGCUGUGCAGGAAUCAGCUGAGUCCCGUUAACAUCCAUCCCAGCUAUGCGCCUUCUUCCCCAAGUAGUAGCAACUCCGGCUCCUACAAAGGAAGUGACUGCAGCCCAGUCAUGAGGCGGUCUGGAAGGUACAUGUCCUGUGGUGAAAAUCAUGGUGUCAAACCCCCAAACCCAGAGCAAUAUUUGACUCCUCUGCAGCAAAAAGAGGUUACAGUGAGACACCUGAAGACCAAGCUGAAGGAGUCGGAGCGCCGGCUUCAUGAAAGGGAAAGCGAGAUUGUGGAGCUCAAGUCCCAGCUGGCCCGGAUGAGGGAAGACUGGAUUGAAGAAGAGUGCCACCGCGUGGAGGCACAGCUGGCCCUGAAGGAAGCCAGGAAGGAGAUCAAACAGCUCAAACAGGUCAUCGAAACUAUGAGGAGCAGCUUGGCUGAUAAAGAUAAAGGCAUUCAGAAAUAUUUUGUGGACAUAAAUAUUCAAAACAAGAAGUUGGAGUCUCUACUGCAGAGCAUGGAGAUGGCUCACAGUGGCUCCCUGAGGGAUGAACUGUGCCUGGACUUCCCAUGCGAUUCCCCAGAGAACAGCUUCCCCCUCGGCCCCCCUUUCGGCAAGAUGGCAGACGGGCUGUCUCCGGAGGAGCAGGGCACUGAGGAAGGGGCCGACGGCGAGCCGCUGGUGGGAGACGGUCUGGCCGACCGCACAGAUUUGCUGGAUGGCAUGGUGACCGCCGCCACCGCAGAGGCGGGCGACCUGGUGCUCCUUCACCCCGCCCCCGCGGCAGCGGCCCUCGACGGCCUCCCCCUGGCGGCCGGGGAGGAAGAGGGCAGUGCGGUGGUGGAGCGAGCGGUGCAGACCGACGUGGUGCCCUACAGCCCCGCCGUCUCGGAGCUCAUUCAGCACGUGCUCCAGCUCCGGGACCCGUGGCCCUCGAGCUCAGCAUCGCCUGACGAGUCCGGGGCUGACUCGACAGAAAGCUUCCCCGAGUCCGUCUCUGCGUUCAUGGUGGAUUUAACGCCAAGAAACCCCAACUCGGCCAUCCUUUUGUCUCCCGUGGAGACCCCCUCCGCCACGGUGGAUCCGGAAGCUCCCGCAACCCGCCUCAUGAGCGAGCUGGAUUUUGCAGGCCCCACGGAAGAGAGGUUGGACGGCAUCAUCCCGCUGUCGCGCGGGGCCGUCGGGACGCAGUACUGGAGCAGCAGCUUCCUGGUGGAUCUCCUGGCUGUGGCUGCCCCCGUGGUCCCCACUGUUCUGUGGGCAUUCAGUACUCAGAGAGGGGGGACAGAUCCCGUCUACAACAUCGGGGCCUUGCUCCGGGGCUGCUGUGUGGUCGCCCUGCAUUCGCUCCGCCGCACCGCCUUUCACAUCAAAACCUAAAAUAGAAGUCGUCGUUUCUGUGUGCCAAUCUGUCCCGUGUGGCGUCGUGCCAGGUGGAGAAACAGCAGGUCGACUUGCGGUGGCCUCUAGUCUGUCGUUUUUGCUCCUCGGUAUUUGAUUUGCAC